AUGGCUACAAAAGACGAGGGUCCAGCGAUUGGCAUUGAUCUUGGAACAACUUACUCAUGUGUUGGAGUUUGGCAACACGGUCGCGUUGAGAUCAUAGCUAAUGACCAAGGCAAUAGAACCACACCAUCUUACGUUGCGUUCACCAACGAUGGGCGUUUGAUUGGCGAUGCUGCCAAGAAUCAAGUUUCUACCAACCCUAUCAACACUGUAUUUGAUGCAAAGCGGUUGAUUGGUAGGAGAUUCAGCGAUGACUCUGUUAAGAGUGACAUGAAGUUGUGGCCUUUCAAGGUUCGUGGUGUCGGGGACAAACCUAUAAUUGUGGUUAACCACAACAAUAUGGAGAAGAGAUUUGCUGCUGAGCAGAUAUCUUCCAUGAUUCUUGAAAAAAUGCGUGAUAUAGCAGAGGCCUACAUCGGAUCAAAAGUGAAAGAUGCUGUUAUAACUGUGCCAGCAUACUUCAAUGAUUUUCAGCGUCAGGCUACAAAAGAUGCUGGUUUGAUUGCGGGGUUGAAUGUCAUACGUAUUAUCAAUGAGCCAACAGCGGCUGCUAUUGCCUAUGGUCUUAACAGAAAAGACAGAGUCGUUCGUGGAAAAAGCGUUCUUAUAUUUGAUCUUGGUGGUGGUACUUUCGAUGUUUCUCUUCUCAAUAUUGAAGAAGGAAUUUUUGAGGUGAAAGCUACAGCAGGGGAUACUCAUCUUGGAGGUGAAGAUUUUGACAAUAGAAUGGUGACCUAUUUUAUACAAGAGUUCAACAGGAAGCACGAUAAGGAUAUUAGUAACAAUCCUAAAGCAGUAAGGAGGCUGAGAACAUCUUGUGAAAGAGCAAAGAGAACUCUUUCUUCCACCAGCCAAACCACCAUUGAAAUUGAUUCUUUGUUUGAAGGUAUUGACUUUCACUCCACAUUAACAAGGGCAAAAUUUGAGGAGCUUAACAUGGAUCUUUUCACAAAAUGCAUGGAGCCGUUGGAAAAGUGUUUGACAGAUGCUAAAAUGGACAAGAGUGAUGUUCAUGAUGUUGUACUCGUAGGCGGAUCUACUAGAAUUCCCAAAAUACAACAACUCUUGCAGGAAUUUUUCAAUGGUAAGGCGCUUUGCAAAGGCAUCAAUCCCGAUGAGGCAGUUGCAUAUGGUGCGGCUGUGCAAGCUGCAAUCAUGAGUGGUGAAGGUAAUAUCGAGAAGGUGCAGGAUUUACUACUAUUGGAUGUCACUCCACUUUCUCUUGGGAUAAGAAUGGCAACGGGAGUUAUGGAAGUUUUAGUCCCAAGAAACACUGCCAUCCCCACCAAGAACGAAAGAAUAUACACAACUGGUUUCAGUGGGCAGACAAUUAUGACUGUUAGUGUGUACGAGGGUGAAAGAGUAAAUCCGAAAGAUAACACAUUGUUGGGUAGAUUUGAGCUCACAGGAAUCAGUCCUGCAUUAAGGGGAGUGCCGGAUAUCGGCAUUUGUUUUGAGAUUGAUAACAAUGGAAUUUUGGUUGUCUCUUCCGAGGAAAAGCUAACAGGAAACAAGAGCAAGCUCGUAAUCUCAAAUAGCUACAAAGGCAGGUUAUCUAAGGAGGACAUCGAGAGGAUGAUCAAGGAGGCAGAGAAGUACAAAUUAGAAGACGAGGAGUAUAAGAAGACUGCGGACGCUAAGACUGCGUUGGAAACCUAUGCAUAUGACAUAAGGGGAAGAGUAAAUAUUCACUCACAUAUCGAUCCUAGUUUGAAGAAGAAAAUUGCAGAUGAGGUUGGGAAAGUAAUUAACUGGCUUGGGAGUAAGAACCAGCCUUGGAGUCGUGAAGAAAUUGAUAAUAGGAUGAAAAAGUUAGAAAACCUCUGUAAUCCUAUAUUUCCCAAAGAAGUAACUGGGAAUUAA